CCCUCCGCUGAGUCAGACGCGCACCGCGUGACCGCGGUCACGUGGCCUGCGCUGGGCGGGGCGCCUUAGUCCUUGCUGCUGCGGCCGCGGGAGGCGUCCUCAACAAGAUGAAACUCAUCAUCCUGGACCACUAUUCGCAGGCCAGUGAGUGGGCCGCCAAAUACAUCAGGAACCGUAUCAUCCAGUUUAACCCAGGGCCAGACAAGUACUUCACUCUGGGGCUCCCCACUGGGAGCACCCCGCUUGGCUCCUAUCAGAAGCUGAUUGAGUACUACAAGAAUGGGGACCUGUCCUUUAAAUACGUGAAGACCUUCAACAUGGAUGAGUAUGUGGGCCUUCCCCGAGACCACCCGGAGAGUUACCACUCCUUCAUGUGGAACAACUUCUUCAAACACAUUGACAUCCACCCGGAAAACACCCACAUCCUGGAUGGCAACGCAGCCGACCUGCAGGCCGAGUGCGACGCCUUUGAGGAGAAGAUCAAGGCUGCUGGCGGGAUCGAGCUGUUCGUUGGAGGCAUCGGGCCUGACGGACACAUUGCCUUCAAUGAGCCAGGCUCCAGUCUGGUGUCCAGGACCCGUGUGAAGACGCUGGCCAUGGACACCAUCCUGGCCAAUGCUAGGUUUUUCGAUGGUGAUCUUGCCAAGGUGCCCACCAUGGCCCUGACGGUGGGUGUGGGCACCGUCAUGGACGCUAGAGAGGUGAUGAUCCUCAUCACAGGUGCGCAUAAGGCGUUCGCUCUGUACAAGGCCAUCGAGGAGGGGGUGAACCACAUGUGGACGGUGUCCGCCUUCCAGCAGCAUCCGCGCACCGUGUUCGUGUGCGACGAGGACGCCACCCUGGAGCUGAAAGUGAAGACCGUCAAGUAUUUCAAAGGUUUGAUGCUUGUCCAUAACAAGUUGGUGGACCCCCUGUACAGUAUGAAAGAAGUGGAGAAAAGCCAGUCCUCUAAAAAACCAUACAGUGAUUAGUCUGUGAGGGACUUAGUGUCAGGCACCUCACAGAAACAGGCAGAUCUUUCUGGAAAUUGUCUUUAGCAGAGAAGCAUUGUCUUUCUUUAAUUGAGUAUGGUGUUCCUGGCUCUGAGGCUGGAAGCCUAGUCAUGCAGUUUAGCCAUAGGGAGAAUGACUUAUAACUUAAUCAGAAAAAAAAAAAAAUCUCUGAAAAGUGUGCUCCAUUAUUUUGAUGUCUGCCACCCCCAAGUUAGGGCUCUUAGCUCUUUGUUCUGCCUCAGGCGUUGUUCACACACACAGCACGCUCCCAUCUGGAAUUCCUGUCCUUAGGUGCGCUUGUCCUCAAGGGGGUGGGGAGUGGGGGCUUGUGUAUUUUGGAUACAGGAUCUUUGGAGUCUUCACAGUUUCGCUCACACAGGCCUGCCCUUUAUCUGAGAAUCGCUAUUCAGGAAUGAGGAGCACUCUUCACUACCUAAAUUACAUACGAGGAACAAGGGAGCGGCACCUCUGGUCAGUAACCGGUACUGUAGAAAGAAAAUUCUCCCAGGGAGAGAAGGGGCAGUUUUCUGGGCUCUCCUAGCUGGCCCUUCUGUGAACUGCUAGGCUGCCGUGUGGGAGGAUUUGGUGUGUGGGACUAAAGGUGAUUUUUGCCAGUGAGUCUAAGCUCCAGGGGCCCAGCCACAGCAAACUUCUCUCCUGUGGGGUCCCGCAAGGUUCCACAGGGACCCUCUUCCCACUGGAGCCCGGUGUUUUUGUCAGAGGUCUCUUACGUGUUCACCAGUAAGCAAGAGGCCAGGGUGAUGAGCUGGCCAGGAGCUCGGUUCGAGUUUAGUCACGGCGUGCAGUAUAGCGCUCUACGUUCUUGCCUCCUUAAGAAUUGAGUGCCAAGGCACACAGCAGGGGCUUCUGGUAUUGUCUCCCCCACUUAACAUGCCCGGGCCCAGAGCCCACUCAGGUUCGUGUGGGCUGAUGUUCUCAGGAUUCUGGGAAACGGCCCUUCGGUCUGUCCUGCAGCGCUCCUUCCCGGAUGGGCUGUUGCUCUGCCUGCUGUUACGCUCUGAAACCCUUGCGGAGUGGCUGCUGGCUCCGAUUCCUCCGUUUCUGUGCCCGCUGGAAGGUCCUGCUGCCCAUUUCUGGAAAGAUUUCUCAGAGCCAGGCUCGGUCCUCAGAGCUGUGUUUGCUACCAGCAUUUUGUCAUUAGCUGUCACACGUGAUUGUGCUGCCCUUCUGUGUUAAGCUAAUGGAUCCAUGGAUCGAUGGACUUGUUUACAAUGUGCUAUUUUCUAUUAAAUCCAAUAUUUUCAAACAAAA